GGAAGCUCCGACAUUUUCUGGAUGCUGUGUUGCUCUGCAACAUCUGCAGCAUCUGCAUGACUGUGACUGCAGGUGUCUCGUCAUUAGAGGGCGCUAUACUCAGCACGUAUUUGACAUGGAGUUCCCUAUUACCAUUGCAAUAUUUUAAUAUCGUGCAUUUAUUUACCAUUGAGCCGACCUGCAAUGAAACCAGACAGUGUAGGAUGUGUCGCAUAGAUGUUGCGGUGUGAAUGCAGCGGUUGGGUGAAAUACUAAUGCAUGCACGUGUGCUUCCGCAGACAUGGAAAUCUAAAACAACACGGGAUAUACCAGAAAAUAAAACGAUUUGGGGUUAAAUCGAAAACCGCUUCUCUAAGAGUUGCACUUCAAGUCACCGAAGAUGGCAUUCAUGUCCAGAUUGUCCCGGUCCAGAAGUAACUCCAGGUCCCCCAGCAGAAGAGGUUCGGAUAAGGGAUAUCCCAUGCUGACAAUUUCUGAACUUGAACGUCUGCUGUACACUGGAAAAACUGCCUGUAAUCAUGCAGAUGAAGUGUGGCCAAGACUUUACAUAGGCGACCAAGACAUCGCCUCAAACCGUAAAGAACUCGUAAAGCUCGGGAUCACACACAUCCUUAACUGUGCUGCGAGUAAAUGGAGACGGGGGGCAGAGUAUUACUCGGGCAUGAACAUCACAUAUCACGGCAUUGAAGCCCACGACUCGCCCGCCUUUGACAUGAGUGUUAACUUCUACCCCGCGUCUGAGUUCAUUCACAGAGCUCUUAGCACUGGAGGAACUGUACUUGUACACUGUGCUGUUGGAGUGAGUCGAUCUGCCACGUUGGUGUUGGCCUACCUCAUGAUUCGCCAGAACAUGACAUUAGUGGAGGCUAUUAAAACAGUAAAGGAUCACCGUGGCGUCACUCCGAACCGCGGUUUCCUCCGCCAGCUCAGUGCUCUGGACAGCGUACUGCACGCCAGCCGCAAUGCAACAUAAAGCCGCCGGUAGCUUUUGAACUUCUUUCCGACCUUCCUGGCCCAGGCACUGACCUACGGUCAUGUAUGUUGUAUGGCAGUGGAGUUUAUAACUGUCCUCCUGUGGUCAGUAGAAAUGCCUUAUUACAUCAGGACCUUUAGAAAUCUGCAUAAUGCCUUAUUCACUCUUAACAUUUGUUUGUGUGGCCACUUCACUGAAAUCUUCCUGUGUUUUUAUACGCUUUCGUUAAGCAAAACUUAAGCUGGUGUCUCAAAUAUUGAGGCUUUUAUUAUAUAUAUGAUUUUUUUUGUUCUGUGGACUGGGUACAAAAAUGUAUGCUUUGACAUUGAAGGACAGACCCGAGCCAUAUCUACUCUAGAAAAAGGUACAAGUGGGGCGGUACCCUUUAAAAAAGUACACCAUUGUACCUAAAGAGCGCAUAUUACACUGUAAAAAAUAGUUUGCACUCACAUUUUUAAGUAUAAUCAACUUGGAUUUACAAGUCAUUACUAUUUUUUUAUCUUGAAUAGUGAUCAGUGGCUUUAACUUGAAUUAGCUUAACUUAUUUCAACUUUAUUUUAUAAGUUACAGCAACUGAUCACUAAAAAAUUUUAGUUAAAAUUACUUGUAAAUAUAGUUGCUUAUACUUAAAAAUGUAAGAUGUUUUAGUACCUUAAAGGUAAAAAUUUGUACCAAAUGUAGACAUAUCUGUACCUAAAUGAUACAUAUUAGGACCUUUUAAAGGGUACCGUCCCAGUGACAGCUUUCAUACCUUAUUUCUGGCAGUGUAGAGAGCAAAAUAUUACCAAUCUUUCAUUUUUUAUAUUUCAAAAACUGAGAGGUCUUCCUUUCUUAAAGUGGUGCAGUGUUAUUGUGUUAUUGUGUGUUAAUGGAUAUUAUGUAGCUGUUCACAUCAUCACACUAAACUAAACUAACCCAGACAGUAUGAUGUGAUCGAGAUGAUCAUUUACUGUUUUCUCUGCGACAGCAAACAUUAUUUGUACAGUCAGUUUUGUCAGCUAAUUUUUUUUGUUUUAAAGGUGCAGUGUGUAAAUUUUAGCGGCAUAUAGUGGUGAGGUUGCAAAUUGCAAACAACGGCUUAAUGCACUGCUCACCCCUCGCUUUUGAAACACAUAGAGAAUCUACGGUAGCCGCCACCGGACAAACAUGUCAAAGUCGGAGACCACUUAGUAAAAAAAAUGGUCCGUUAAGGGCUUCUGUAGAAAAAUGGCGGCACAAAAUGGUGACUUCCAUGUAAGGGGACCCUCGGUGUAUGGAGAUAAAAAGGUCUCGUUCUAAGGUGAUAAACACAUAACGGUUCAUUAUGAAAGGUCUUUAUACACCACUGAUAAUAUAGUUUUGUAUAUUAUUUUGCAUUUCUGUCAAAAGAUCAUUCUAAAAAUUACACACUGCACCUUUAAUUUUUCAUUUGUGCUACAUGUAUUAUUAAUACUUUCAAAGCUUUAAAGUGAAGUAUUCAACAUAUCUAAAGUAUACACACCGUCUAUGGUAUUGAAUUAUAUGGUAGCUAUACAAAUUUCAGCCUUCUUGUAUUUACAGAUCCAGCAAUCCUCGAGUGCAGUACACUUAAACUGUAGCUGAAUGAAUUACAGUGAUGUAUUAUUAUCGUCUUUCUGUACAUUCGUAUUGGGGAAAGCUGUUUAUUGUAUUUAUCUGUCACAAUGUAUCACCACACUGUAUAUAAUCAUUCGCCAACAGCUUGGACUUCAGCUAACAACUGCCAGGACCCAAUCCACAAUAUGUGGAUCAGAACUACACACCAGUUUGUGUCUUAAAAAAGUGACACUUCAGUAGCAUAGAAAUGAGGUCUACAAGAUCAGAUAUGUAAAAACUGGUGAAACCAAACUGAAGGAAACCCUUAGUGAAAAAAAGGUUGAGUUUUUGGUGGGAAAGAGCAGUUGGACAGAUGAUGAUGAUGAUAAUGAUAAAAUGUGCAGUUUGAAAAAUAAACAACUUUGACAUUUACUUUAAGCCUGAAAAGCAGCUAAACAUGUAUCAGUGAUUUAAUCAAAGACAAAUGUAGCUUACAAUAAAGGAUAUACUGUAUGUGGUCCAAAUGACACUGUUCAUUUUUAUUUAUUCAAUAACAUAUUAAAAUGUUUUGUGUACAUGU